ACAUUUAGAUCUUUCAUUUGGAGAAUUCACCUUCGUUGACUCGACCUGUUGACCCACACCCUUCCCUGCAAUUACAGACAUUUGACUUGGUCUCCGAUUCAAAUGUCAAGGCUAUGCAACACCAACUUGGACGAUGAAUCAUAUCCACCUAUUUAGAAUCUUGUGUUAGAUUUUGUUGCUCGAUCAUUUGGUGUUUCAAUUAGUCUAAUCUGAGGGCACGACGGCAACUGUCGCCGGCAUCUCAUCGAUCCUCCUAAUCUUUAAUGCUCUCCAUCUGAUCUUAAGACUAAUCACCCAGUGUUAGUACUAACAAGUAAUUAAUCACCACAUCCGAGAAGCCAUCGGAAUCCAAUGGAGUUGUUGCGGUCACCGACGCGGUGACGUUACGCCCCCGCUCUCGAGUUUUAUGUUGCAGCCCCUCUCUCCUGUUGGAUGACCAGACUCUCUCUCUCUCUCUCUCCGUCUCCGUCUCUCUCCAUCGAAAGCUCUGCUUUUUUAUCUGUUGCAGCUCCGGUUUGCUGAGGAAAUUAUAGGCAACGAGGGCUGGAGAGAGGAUGCCAGAAUCCAUGCCGGCGUGCUUCCGUGGCGGUGGCGCCGGGAUGCCGCCAUCGAAGGCGGCAGGGCCCAGCCUGACGACCUCGGUCUACGAGACGCACCUCGGCGUCGCAGCCCUCACCUGGUCCCGCACCGUGCUAGGCCUCUCCCUCCGCACAGAGCUCCGCCUGUCCGCUGACGAGGAGGAUGAGGAAGAGCCCGUCCGGUUCCGUAUCCGGCCGUGGCUGCUCUGGAAGCGGCGCGGGACGAAGCGGUUCCACCUCAAGGACGACCGCGGCCACCGCUGCGUGGACUUCGCGUGGGACCUGACGCGCGCCAGCUUUCCUCCCGGGGGCGGUCCAGAGCCGGCCGCCGGGUUCUUCGUCGCCGUCUCCGUGGAUGGAGAGAUGCUCCUUGUUGCCGGGGAUCUCGCCGAAGAGGCCUUUAAGAAGUCGAAAGCCCGGCUGCCUCAGACGCCCCUGCUCUCGCGCCCGGCGCUGGUCUCGAGGCAGGAGCACGUUGUUUUGGCGGACCAAGGCGGCCGGAGAUCGUACUUGACACGGGCCCGGCUCGGCGGCCGGGACCGCGAGAUCUCGAUCGAGCUUGAGGCGAAGGAUAAGGGGAGAGAUGUGGCGAUGUCGGUAGGGGUCGAUGGCGAGCGGAUCCUGCAGGUCCGUCGGCUCCGUUGGAAGUUCCGGGGGAGCGAUAAGGCGGAUGUCGACGGCUGCGGCCGGAUCCAGGUCUCGUGGGACCUCCACAACUGGUUCUUCCACUCCAAGGACGACACGGCCGCUCCUCACGGCGUCGCCACGGCCGGGGCGGCGGAGACGGGGGACGCCGUGUUCGUCCUCCGAUUCGAGGGAGAGGAAGAGGGAAAACAGGAGGGGCAUAUCGGGAAUGCGAUGUACCAAAGUCUGGUGGCGCGGGGGUAUAAUGGGAAGCACAUGAACCGUAAUUGGAGCGAGAGCAGUAGUGGCGGCGGCGCCGGAGAUAGGCGGAUGGGGAGGAAGAAGAGCUUGAGGAAGACGAGUUCUUCGUCCUCGUCGACCUCAUCAGCGUCAUCGGUGAGCAAUUCGACGGUAAUGGAGUGGGCGAGCCCGGAGGAGGUGGAGCUGCAGCGGGCGCGUGGGUUCUCGCUGUUGGUGUAUGCCUGGAAGAGCUGAUCCACUUGGGAAAAAUGAUUGGCUUGAUAAUUCCUAUUUCUUUUCUCUCUUAUUUUUAUAUGUUUGCAAAUUGCUGUUUGGAUUUUCUAUUAAAAUUCUUGGUUGAAAUAUCAAAUUGACUCCUUUGUUUUC